AUGACGGAGCAACAGGUCGUCAAUGGUGCCACUAACAAAAGUGAUACUUCGCCGCCAUCACAGUCCUCCUCUACAACAACGUCAGUUGGAGACGGUGUGUUCCACUCGAAGGGUGUGGUCACUUUGGUUCACCUGCCGGUAGGACACAUUCUUGGAGGUGUGGAUCACUGGCCCUUGAUCGCCUAUUUGAAACAGAUGUUGGUGGAACCAGGCGCCGCUUCGUCUACCGCCGACUGCGGAUUCCAGCAACAACCUUGGCUGGUAACUGAUGUUAACCACACAACUGGCAUUGGUAUUGCCGGUACCAGUUGA